CCGGCCUGUUUCUCAAUUUUGCCGUGCAGAAGAAGUCGUUUGUCAGGCUCCCAGUCUCUCCACCAGACCUCUAGGCAAGGUGUCUGCCCGGCCACCGCCGUCGCACGCGUCAAGCCUCGCCCUGAAGACACCCGCCCUGUCCCGGGUCCCUUCACCAAACUUCCUUCCCGGUGAUAACCAACCCGCUGUUUUCGGCCAUGGCGACCAGUGCGAAGCGAAAGCAGGAGGAGACUCAUCUGAAGAUGCUCCGGGAAAUGACUAGCCUGCCCGCGAAUAGGAAAUGCUUCGACUGCGACCAGCGCGGCCCGACCUAUGUCAACAUGACAGUAGGCUCCUUCGUCUGCACCACCUGCUCCGGGAUCCUGCGAGGACUGAAUCCCCCACACAGAGUGAAGUCCAUCUCUAUGACCACGUUCACACAUCAGGAGAUAGAGUUCCUACAGAAACACAGCAAUGAGGUCUGUAAACACAUCUGGUUGGGCCUCUAUGACGACAGGACACUGGUUGUUCCAGAUUUCCGGGAACCGCAGAAAGUAAAAGAGUUCCUUCAGGAAAAAUACGAAAAGAAGCGAUGGUAUGUUCCCCCAGACCAGGCAAGGGCAGUAUCAAGUGUCCAGGCCUCUGUGUCCGGCUCCUCAGCCAGCAGCACUGGUAGUACCCCAGAAGUCCAACCUCUCAAGACCCUGCAGCUCAACAAGACCCCACUGCGCCAGUCUCCGGGGCUAGGUCGGUCCCAGGCUCACAGUGCCGCCCAGGAGAAGAAGUUUGACUUGCUCUCGGACCUAGGAGGCGAUAUCUUUGCUGCUCCACCCACUCAAACUUCGAGCUCUACCAAUUUUGCCAACUUUGCACAUUUUCCAAGCCAGUCGGCACCUCAGGGUAAUUCAAAUACCAACUUUGCCAACUUUGAGGCAUUUGGAAACACUGAAAUUCCAUCCCAUCUGAGCACGUCACCUCCCUCAAAGUCCUUUUCAUCAGGGGGAGGUGUGCCAAUACCAUCAAUGUCUAGUGCCGUCACCACCCAGUCCCACACAGGGAGCACAGAGGAUCGCUAUGCUGCUCUGGCUGAGUUGGACAACAAGCUCAGCUCGACUGUGUCAACAGGCAGCAAUGUGCAGGGGAACAUAUUUGGACCAGUGCUUAGUUCAUCGCCAGCUCAGAAUCCACCUGUGUUACCCAGCAUGCAGCCUGGCUUUGGAAGUGCUGUCCCAUCCACAAAUCCCUUUGUUGCUGCAGCCGUGGCCCCGGAGAUGGCCACCAAUCCUUUCCAGACCAAUGGCAGAGCUCCUUCUGCAGCCUCAUUUGGUACUGGUUCUAUGAGCAUGCCUGCUGGCUUUGGGAAUGCGUCUUCCUACUGCCUGCCGACCAGUUUCAGCGGAAACUUCCAGCAGCAAUUCCCUGGCCAGGCCCCCAUCCCUUACUCUCAACCUGGGGCCUACCACCCUCAGUCUAAUGGCCCUGCAUUCCCAGUCUACGGUCAGAACAAGCCCUCCAUGACGCCCUUUGGGCAGCCCAUGGCUGGCCCUGGCAUGUCCAAUAACCCAUUCAUGGCGGGAGCCCCAGCCAGCGCAUUUCCUUCAGGGAGUUCUUCCACCAACCCUUUCCUGUAGCACAGCUCCGAGUCCUCGCCACCAGAGGGCAGCAUGCAGCACAUAUUCAACGCACCGUUCCCUCAUGCAAUUAGAGGCAGUACAUUUUUUUUAAGACUUACAUUUUCGGAUUUUAUUUUUCUUCAGGAAAAAAAAGUUUACAACACUAUGAAGGAGUGGAAAAGACUAAGGGACUGUUAUGGAGGGAAAUUUAAUGUUUGGACUAUAUACAAUACAUUAUAUGCUUUUUAUUUUUUGUUUAUGACUGUAAGCUCUGUGCAUAUCAUCAUUUGUAAUCACAAUUAAGUACAUGUUAUGUAUAACAAGGACUGAGUUAACAAGGGUGAGUAUACACGCACCUUGUGGGACC